AUGUCAUGUAUUAUAUUUAGAAUUUUAUUUUAUUGGACAUCAUUGAUCACUAUUGGUUUGCUUGCCGGUGUUGUGCCUCAACAAACACAAGAGAUCGAUAUAUUUACUACACUUUUGGAAAAUACAACGACAACAGCAGUUAAUACUGCUAUCGAUAAAGUCAAUUUAUCAGAAUGUAUUGAAGAUGAAUGUAAUCAACGUAUAUUAGCAGAUUUAGAAGUUCAUAGCUAUGAAUUAGAAUAUAUAUAUAAGAAUAAUGAUGAUACAACAGCUCAAGGACUUGUAACAAUUGAUUUUACAUUGAAACAACCAGUUAAACAAUUGAUUUAUCAUGCAAAACGAUUUGUUCAACUUGAUGAGCCCGUACUUUAUGAAGAUAAUAUUAAUCGACUUGUUACAAUGCGAAUAUAUUCACCAAAUGAUUAUAUUAGUUUACAGUCUCUAUCAAAUGAUUCUCUAUUUACACCCAAUCGAUAUAGUUUAAAGCAGAGAUUUAUAGUUAAUUUAACUGAUGGAAGUAUAGGCUUUUAUCAAAGUGCAUUUAAACUCGGUAAUGGAACGCAAGGAAAAUUAUUAGCAUCAAAAUUUCAACCAACUGAUGCUCGUAAAGCAUUUCCAUGUUUUGAUGAACCACAAUUUAAAGCUAUUUUCAAGAUUAGUAUUGUUCAUCCUCAAGAUACAAUUGCUAUUGCAAAUUUUCCUACUAUUGAAGAAACUAUAGAAAAUGAUCUACGUCGAACAACAUUUGCUGAUACAUUUCGUAUGAGUACGUAUCUUGCUGCUUGGGCUAUUCUUCCUGAUACAUAUGGAAAAUUAAUUAGUACCGAUGAUGAACCAGAAAUAAUUGUUUGGGCUCGUCAUGAACCAACAGAAAAAGGUCAUACAGCAUUAGCACUUGAAAUAGCUCGUAAUUCUGUUAUAUUUUUUACUGAUUAUUUCAAUACAUCAGAACCUGUUACACCUAAAAUUGAUUUAUUGGCUGUACCAGAUUUUGCAUCGGGUGCAAUGGAAAAUUGGGGUUUGGUAUCAUUUCGUGAAGAUCGGAUAAUAUUUGAUAAAAAAAUUGCAUCAAUCCUUCAAAAACAACAAUUAGGAGAAACAAUGGCACAUGAAAUUGCUCAUUUUUGGUUUGGAAAUUAUGUUACAUGUAAAUGGUGGGAUAAUUUAUGGUUAAAUGAAGCUAUGGCUACCUGGCUUGCUUAUAAACCAUUUACAUAUUAUUAUCCUAAUUGGAAUAUGGAAUUACAAGUAUUAACUGAAGAAGUUAUACCUGUUAUGUGGGAUGAUGCUAAACCAUCAUCACAUGCAAUUGUUGUUCAAAAUGUCACAAGUCCAUCUGAUAUAACAAGUUUAUUUGAUUCAAUAACUUAUUCAAAAGGAGCAAGUAUAUUACGUAUGUUAGAAAAAACUGUUGGUUCAGAUAUAUUUCGUGAUGGUUUACGAGAAUAUUUAACAUUGAACGCAUUUGAUGUUGGUGAUCCAACUAUAUUCUAUAAUAAAUUAUUUGCGAAUAUUAGCGGAGAAGAAUAUAUGAAAAAUUGGCUACAAGAACCAAAUUUUCCUAUUUUAAAUGUUAAUUUAAAAGCUGAUGAUAAUGGAACCUAUGUAACAUUCAAUCAAUCGCGUUUUAUCAUUUCAAAUGCACUUGAUUCAUCGAAUUUAACUAGUAAUUAUAUAUGGAAAAUUAAUCUUCGAUGUGUUCUCGGUGGUAAUUCCUUGGAAAAUGAUACUAUUAAAAUCGGACAUGAUACAAUUGAUUUUAUGUUUGAAACUGAAAAAGAAACGAGAUUUUUCUCCGAAAAAUAUUUCACAUGGAUAAAAUGUAAUCGUGAUUAUCAUGGUUUUUAUGUUACACAAUAUUCAUCGGAUAUAUCAACAUUAUCUAGUUGGCAAAUUUUAUCAUAUGUAUUAGAAGCUCAUCCAACAUUUUUUUCUGAUGAAGAUAAAGUUAAUUUAAUUCAAGAUGCAUAUUUACUUGCUUAUAAAGGUUUAAUUGAUUAUAUGGAACCAUUACAUAUCUUACAAUCAUUAAUAAAGAUAAAUAGUACACAAUUUGUUAUAUGGCGUACAUUUCAAUGGCAUUGGGAACUUUUAGCUGAUUUAACUGAAUAUUUACCUGAUCUAUGGACAAAAUUUAAAACAUUUACAGCUAAACAAAUUUUAUUAUCCGGUUCAACAAUUGAUGAUAUAUUAGAAACAAAUUCAACUGAUGAUGAAAAUACGAAGUUAUUAAAAGGUUUACAGUUCUCAUGCCUUUGUCGAAUGGAUGAUAAAGAUGCUAUUCAACGAGCGAGUAAAUUAUUUAAAUCAAUUCCAGUUGAAUAUUUUAAUGGAAGUGAUGUAGAUAUCAAUAUUAAUGCAGAUUUCUUAUCAACAGUUUAUAUAUGUCAUUUAAGUAAUGAUGAUAAUGAAAGUGAUUGGGAAAUGAUGUAUAAUUAUUAUAAAAUUGCUAUAUCACCACAAGAACAAACACGUGCUUUAGUUGCUUUUAGUUCAACUAAUAAUAAAGAUCGAUUAAAUAGAUUACUUGAAGAUGGUUUAAAAGGUGGUUCAAAUACAAUAAAAAGACAAGACUUUUUUGCUAUGAUUGCAUAUAUGAGUCGUAAUCCAACUGGACGUGCUGUUGCAUGGAAUUUUUAUAAAAAUAAUUUUCAAAAACUUGUUGAUAUUUAUACACUUGAAAAUCGUCGAUUGGGUACUGUUAUUAGUUCAAUGGCACGUUCAUUUGAAAAAGAAUCGUAUCUUGAUGAAAUGAAUCAAUUAUUUACACUUUAUCCAAAUGCAGGUGCUGGUGCAUCAUCACGUAAACAAGCAAUUGAUCAAGUUAAUAUGAAUAUUGAAUGGAUUAAAUCCCGAGAACAAAAUCUUAUUAAUGCAUUGGAAACAAUCCUUCAAUAA